AAAACCAAGGGAGACUCCUACGUUGCUCUGGCACUUCCGAAACGCUGUCGUUUCAGAGUAGAAAAUUUUUGACUAAAAGAGAGAGUGAAUGUGCAUUUUCCCUGAAUCAAUAAUAAUGGACUGACGAUUUGUGAGGCAAUGUUUUCGUAUAUUAACAGUUGUGUUACUGUAUAAUCUGAAUCUGGUUUCAAGUAUCCUUUAUUGAUUCUCAGAUACGUAAAAUUCUUGCAUUUUAGGCUCUGCAUGUGUUGGCACACCUCCAUGAUUCAGCAAUAAGCGCACAGACUCCACUCGGAUUCAUUUGUGUCGAAAUAUUUGAAAUAAAAGGUGGAGUAGAGAUUACAAAGAGAUUAAAGUGUGGGUUUUUGUGAAUUAACCAAAACCAGAAGAAGAUUUGUGUUUGAAAGAUGGAUGGGUUGGUGGAGAAAAGUUUGGACUCGGAACUAUGGCAUGCUUGCGCCGGAGGAAUGGUUCAGAUGCCGCUGGUGAACUCGAAUGUAUUCUAUUUCCCACAAGGUCACGCAGAGCAAACACUCACUGAUGUGGAAUUCCCAGCAGUGCCGAGAAUUCCCCCUAUGAUUCUCUGCAGGGUUGCGGCUGUGCAAUAUUUGGCUGACCCUGAAACAGAUGAAGUUUAUGCCAAAAUCAGACUGAUCCCAGUUGUGAAUAGUGAUUAUAGUUUCGAUGACGAUGUGGUGUUAGGAGGAAAUGGGUCUGAAUCAAAUGAAAAGCCCGCUUCUUUUGCGAAGACAUUAACUCAAUCUGAUGCGAACAAUGGUGGGGGUUUCUCUGUUCCGAGGUACUGUGCAGAGACUUUAUUUCCUCGGUUGGAUUAUUCGGCUGAUCCACCUGUUCAGACUGUGAUUGCUAAGGAUGUUCAUGGGAAGACUUGGAAUUUUAGGCAUAUCUAUAGGGGGACGCCAAGGAGGCAUUUAUUGACCACUGGGUGGAGUACUUUUGUGAAUCAGAAGCAGCUAGUUGCAGGGGAUUCAAUCGUGUUUUUGAGGGUCGAAAGUGGGGAACUCUGUGUUGGGAUUCGAAGGGCGAAGAGGGAUGGUGGUAUUGGUGCUGGAAAUAGCAAUAACGGGAGCCUAAGGGAGAGGAGCAAAGUGAAGCUUGAAUCGGUUGUUAAGGCCACAUUCCUUGCUUCCAAUGGCCAGCCAUUUGAGGUGGCUUAUUACCCGCGUGCAAGCACGCCGGAGUUCUGUGUAAAGGCUUCCUCCGUUUGUGCUGCGAUGAGGAUCCAGUGGUCUUCUGGUAUGAGGUUCAAGAUGGCUUUUGAAACUGAGGAUUCUUCCCGGAUUAGCUGGUUUAUGGGUACUAUAGCUUGUGUUCAGGUUGCUGAUCCCUUUCGCUGGCCGAAUUCAAUGUGGCGGCUCCUUCAGGUGACAUGGGAUGAACCGGAUAUGCUGCAAAAUGUAAAACGUGUUAGUCCUUGGCUAGUUGAAAUGGUCACAAACAUACCUGCCAUGCACCUCUCAUCCUUCUCGCCACCACGAAAGAAGUUGCGUUUACCACAUCAUCCCAACUUUCCGCUUGCUGGCCAGUUUCCAGUGCCAUCAUUUAUGGGCAACCCUCUUGGGACAAGCAGUCGCUUAUGUUGUAUAUCCAAUGACAUUGCUGCAUGCAUACAGGAAGCUAGGCAUACUCAAAUUCGACUCCCGUUAUCGGAUCACCUUAACAAUAAACUGCAUUUGAGACUUUUACCACCCACAAUCCCGCAGCUUAAGCCCCAUGCUAAAAUUUCUGAUAAUAUUGUCAGGAGACAUGAUGGUAACGAAGAUAUUUCUUGCUUGUUAAACAUGGGAGAUUCUGGGCAGAAGUCCGUUAAAACUAAUAAUGUAAUGACGCCUCAGUUUGUACUAUUUGGUCAGCCAAUACUCACCGAGCAACAGAUGUCUCGUGACAUGGGGCACUGCAAAGUAUUCUUGGAGUCAGAGGAUGUGGGUCAAGUUCUCCAAUUAUCCGCUCUUGGAUCAUACAAAGAUCUAUACGAAAUGCUUAGAAACAUGUUUGAGAUUGAAAUAUUAGAUAGGCUGAGCCAUGUGUUCUAUCAUGAUGCAACUGGUGCUGUUAAACAAAUUGGAGAAGAACCAUUCAGCGAGUUCACAAAGACAGCGAAAAGAUUCACAAUUCUAAUGAAGCCGGGCACCAGAAGUGUAGAAAGGAUUUUGAUUACCGGUCUACCAACUGCAGAACGAGGACUGGGCUCAUCAAACCAGACCGGUCCCUUGGGCAUAUUUGCUUAGUACAAGCAUUUAAGUUGAUGUAAUAAAGCGUUGACGAAUUUAUGGGUUUUUUCUUUUCUUUUUUUUGGUGGGGUGGGGGUAAAUCAAUGUUGAAAAAUGUCUAUGUAUACUUAGAUGUCUUUGUGUAUCCGUUACAUACUUUGAUUGUAUUAAGUUCGAUCCUAAUAGAAGUAAGAAGGUUUCGAUGAA